UGGAAAUCCGCAGGAUCUGAAGAAGCCGGAUUCUGUCCAACUUCCCAGGGCAGUGAACACCUCAGAAGGAAUGGUUUAUGAUGGAUAGCUUUAUAAACCUGUUUACAUUUUAUGCUGAGGGCUACAGUCGGUACGCGAACCUUCCUCCCACCCACACUCCCCGAGCGCCAAUCGGGAACAGUCGUUGCAGCCGUUUAUCUUCAAGUACCUCGAACCGCCACCAGCAAAACAAAUUCUGCGCGAGGUGAUUGGCUGGCUGCUCUAGCUUCGCGCGACAUGAUUGGCUGUCUGGGCUGGAUUCUACACAUGCGCGGACACCUGUUCUCAGGCCUGUGUCCUGUCUGGGGUCAGGAUCGAUCCUCGGCUCUCGAGUUCGCCGGGCAUCGGGUCAAGCGCCCCUUCCACUCUCGGCACAACUUGUGAGUGCUCAAAGGCUGGAGUGAGAUAGUGAGGGGGGACUGGCUAUCUGAAGUACAAUCUUGCCUAUUCUCAAUGUCAACUCCAGAGCUGAGAAAGCUGCCUUCGAAGCCCAAGCUCCAGAUGCAAUGGUUUCCUCCAUUUUGUACAGUUUCUUACAGUCACUAGGAAGAGCACGGCCAUGUUCCAUACAACACUGGAUUUCAGCAAAGCCGUUUCUGGAUACCAGGCAUACUAUGUUGUUUCUAACUGCCAGCAAGAAGGGUUUUCCAGACCUGCCGGUGGUGGUUGAAGCUGAUUUAGAUGAGCAGUUUGUUCGCGGACAUGGCCCUGGGGGUCAGGCAACCAACAAGACCAGUAACUGUGUUGUACUCAAACACGUCCCGUCUGGAAUUGUUGUAAAGUGCCAUCAGACGAGAUCGGUGGAUCAGAACAGGAAAAUAGCCCGAACAAUUCUGCAACAAAAGCUCGAUGUCUAUUACAAAGGGAUCAACAGUGAAGUUAUGAAGCAAAAACAGGAGCAACAGUGGAAGAAACAAGAGAAGAAAAAGAAAGCAAAAGAUAAUUUAGAAAGAAAACGACAAUUUAAGAAUCUUUUAAAAGAAUCCAUAGAUGCCACUUAACUGAAGUAACUUAAUCAUGUCAGUAAUUUCUUUUGAAGCGCCAUGUGUAGUCUAAUUAUCCAAUAAUAAACAACAUGUGGUUAAAAGACUGGCCAAUAUUUGUCUUGUGGAGACACAAGAUGCUGGAAAUCUGGAGCAGCACACUAAGGUGCUGGAGGAACUCAGUGGGUCAGGCAGCAUCUGUGAAGGGAAAUGGGAAGUUGACGUUUCGGAUCCAGACCCUUCAUCUGGACUAGAAAGUGCUGUCCAAGGUGAAGAAUGCGUUAUCAGGGGUUCCCAUCCUUUUUUUAAUGCCAUGGACUAUUGUGUGAACAAAGUCACUGGAAAUAUGCAGCUGGUAGAUAUGUAGUAGUCUCUUUAUUUGACAAAACGAGACACAGCAGGCAUCGUCUGGUAUAUCAGCAUUGUCUGGUUUUCCAGUUAACUGCAGUUCAUGGCUCUUAGGAGCCCAUUGUCCAGAGCUGCAUUUUAAGUAUUCAGAUCUGAAGACUGGUGGCUGAAGUUAGCUGCUGAUAUUUUGCUAUACACCAACCCUAGGUCUAGAAUAUCGUCUAACAGGACCAAUACCAUUAAGCAAGGGAUCCGUGGACCCCAGGUUGGGAACCCCUGGCCUAGAUGGUGUUGGUCAUGAAGGAACGGCUAACUCGUGUAUUUGACAUUUCAAUAAUAUUUGAGUAAUCUUGUGUGAUAUAUAGUUUGAUUAGUAUUCUUGUUUGUUUAAAUAAUUAAUCACAGGUUAUAUGUAAAAAAUACGUUAAUUGCAUACGUCACCAUGCAUGCCUCGCUUAAAGUAAAAAUAAAGCCGG